AUCGGCUUGGUCGGCGCCAGCCCAUCACUUCUGAGAAACUUCACCAUCCCCAGUGUUGCGGAGAAAAGAUGUGAACAAGUCCCAUGGAGCUCAAGUGCCUUUUGAUGUGGCUCUUGUUUGGAUCCGUCAUGGGGAACAAGCCAGAAGAAUGCCCACUUCUUCCAAAGACCGAAUUUGCUGAUGUUACUGCUGAAACGUACCCACUGGGGACCAAACUGUAUUAUCAAUGUGACAGUGGCUACACGAGAAGAAGUGGCCAUUAUGAGGGAAUUCAGUGUCAGAGAACAGAGCAGGAUGCUUCUUGGAUCUACAAGAAAUUUGAAUGCAUUGAUAAGAAAAUUUUGUUGUCAACGGCUCCCACGAUGAAGCUAGGUUUUACGCAGACAUCAGAAAGAAAAACACAGAGCCCUGCACCCCAGAAGAGAGAAAACCUUCCAGAGUUUGACCAGAAAGAUUUUUGUGGUCCUCCCAAGACUAUCCCACAUGCUUCCUUAAGGCCGAACAAACAGUAUUACGUGGGGCAAGUAUUACAUUUCAAAUGCCAGAGCGGUUAUGAUAAGCGGCCCCCCACCUCUGGCACCCGCAGGUGCCAGAAGGUGAAUGACAAAAUCAUCUGGACCUCCAUGAACCUGCGAUGCACCAAUGACAGCAGCGACAGCAGCGACAAGCAGCUGCCACAGACUGUUGAGCCAGACCUGUCUGUUUCCCUGUGGUGCCCAGUUCAGAGUGUUCCAGGUUCGACUCAUCCAUCCUUUUCCUCAUCGGUGACACUGCCAGUGACAGCUAUCUUUUUUGUUCUGCUUAUCAUUCCUGCUGUCUUUGUGUGA